CUUGUGAUGAUGUGGAGGGGUGUGCCCAGUGGAUGCUCAGUAUAACCUUGCAUUUGGGGGGUCUCUCUAUGCACUCCUGGUAUUACGUGAUCGCGCCACAGACUUGAGGAACAGACACAGGCAGCAGGAUUUGUCUAUAUAUUUGUCCAGGGAGUUCAAUGGAGACAAAAUCCUCAUACCUGGAGGAGGACGAUAACUGCAAGCACAUCAGUGAGGAUGAGGAGGAAGACAAGCAUGAAAUUCAAGGGGAAGAAGAUGGUGCCCCACUCAAAGAGGAACCGGGUGCUCAGAAACAGAAGAGCUCCUGGACUCCCUCAUUUUUCUACAGAAUGGACAGAGAGGUGCAUCACUUUGCCGGACAUGACAUUUUAAUACAAGAGGCACAGGAUUCCUUUGCAGCUACAACUUGGCCUGCGGCCCCCGCUCUCUGUCAGUACCUGGAAAGUCACUACAAAGAGCUGAAUCUUGUGGAUAAGGCCGUGCUGGAGAUUGGAUCUGGAACUGGACUCGUAUCUGUUGUUGCAGCUCUUCUUGGGGCUUGGGUGACAGCCACGGACCUCCCUCACGCUUUGGGCAACUUAAAAGUGAACCUGUCAAAAAACACAAGAGGCAAAUCCAGACACACUCCACAGGUGGCUGCUUUGUCCUGGGGCUUUAACCUGGAGAGCACCUACCCAACCUCUGUGUACCACUACGACUACGUCCUGGGCGCGGAUAUCGUCUACCACCACGACUUCCUCAAAGAGCUUCUGGCCACAAUGAAGCACUUCUGCCAACCAGGAACAAAGCUGCUCUGGGCCAAUAAGAUGAGAAUGGAAAACGAUUUGGAGUUUGUGGAAAAGUUUAAAAAGACAUUUAAUACAAAGCUGGUAUUUGAAGAAGGCGAUAUGAAGAUAUUUAUGGCAACCUGCAAAGAGGAUGGAGAGGAGGAGGAUGCUGAAGAUUUGAAGGUUGAAUCAACAUGUGAGCCUGAGAUAGGGAAUAAUAUGGAAAAAGCUGAAGCCGUAAUAGAUAGGCGUGAGGAAGAAGCUGCUUUAAGUCCUGCCAGAGAGGACAGUGAAGAGCCUGAGGAUGAGGAAGGGGAGGAUGAGGAAAAUAAUGAUGAAGAUAUCAAAGCUGAUGUUUUGAAAGUUGGUCCAGAUAAUGAGCUGGAUCAUACUAUGAAAAAAGUUCAAGGUCAAGAAUUAGGUCAAGAUAGGAGUGAGGAGGAAGUAACACUGAGUGACACCGGUGAAGACAGUGAAGAGGCUGAAAAGGCUGAAGAGGAAGAAGAGGCAGAAGAAGAGGAAGAAGAGAGCAACAGUGAUGAAGAUAAGAAAGAAGAACCAAGCGACAGCCCAGAUCAAGACAGUAAAGAAGACACACAAGGAGAACAGAAAAAAGUCAGUGCACUUCCGUGGGCCCCCAGCGUCAUCAGUCGUCUUGGUAAAGAGAUUUAUCAUUACGUGGGGACGGAUAUUAAUAUUUUUGAAGCCUUUGAUUCCUAUGGGGGUUUGAUGUGGCCAGGGGCUUUGGCUCUUUGCUCUUUCCUGGAACACAACACAGACAUUGUGAAUCUCCAGGAUAAAGAAGUUUUAGAGCUCGGAGCUGGGACUGGACUUGUGGCCAUCGUAGCAAGUCUUCUGGGAGCCAAAGUAAUGGCCACAGACCUACCAGAAAUCCUGGGGAAUCUACGGUCUAAUGUGAUGAGGAAUACCAGGGGCAAGACCAGGCACUUACCCCAGAUUUGCCCCCUGCCCUGGAGCUUCGAUGUUGGGCGUACCUACCCCUCAGCUCUGUACAAGUUUGACUACGUGCUGGCCGCUGAUGUGGUCUAUCACCAUGACUUUUUGAACGAGCUCCUGGCCACCAUGGUUCACUUCUGUCAGCCCAGAACCACCAUCAUCUGGGCCAAUAAGGUCCGUCUGGAGUCAGACUUAACCUUCACAGAGAAGUUUAAAAAAGAGUUUAACACGACGUUGCUGGCUGAAGAUGGAGAAAUGAAAAUAUUUAUGGGGAAAUUUAAAAUGUGAAGACUUUUUUUGCUCCUGGCUGAGUAUGCAGCAGUUGUAUAUUAUUAUAUUGUGUUUGGGGUGACCAGACAUCCCUAUUUACCCGGGACAUUCCCAGUUUUGAGCCCUGUGUCCCCUGUCCCAGUAGAUUUAUCCAAAACCAUUGAUUUGUCCCUGUUUUAUACAAGA